AGAGUGCGUCGCCGUCACUGCAGCUGCGGUCGCCAUGAACAGCGUCGGGGAGGCUUGCACUGACAUGAAGCGCGAGUACGACCAAUGCUUUAACCGCUGGUUUGCUGAGAAGUUUCUCAAAGGAGACGGCUCGGGGGACCCGUGCACCGACCUCUUCAAACGCUACCAACAGUGUGUCCAGAAAGCAAUCAAGGAGAAAGAGAUUCCUAUUGAAGGACUGGAGUUCAUGGGCCAUGGCAAAGAAAAGCCAGAAAACUCCUCUUGACCUGCCUGUCACUUGGAAGAAGUCAGUAAAUUGAGGGGCCUCUGGGUUUUGUCAGGGAAGGCUGUGAAGCUAAUCUGGGAUUGGAAGAGUUUAGAGGAGAGUUCUCCACCUUGGUGUUCUGAAGGAGCAGCUGUCACUCCUGCUUUGAGGCAACUUCACUUUUGCUGACAUCUUGCUGAACUCCUCAUGCUACAAUGGGAGAGCUUCUUGGGGGGUGGGGUUAGGUUGCAAAACAUGGCGUGGAAUCAUCUUUAACUGGUUCUCGGAUGUAAAUAUGGUGAACUGGUCAGGACCGAGGCUGCCUGACAGCGUUUGCUGCAGAGGACACUGGGUGUACCCUAUGGGAGGCAUUGCUCACAAUGGUUGGCCUCUUUUUCCUCUCAGGGAGCUAAUGCUCUGAAAAGGGAUGCGGACACAACCUCCAUUUCAAUCACUGCUUGGAAACAUGAUUGUAUUUUUAGAGUAACAGUUUCAACUGCUGGUGGCCUGGGUUAUGGGAGUAGAAAACAGCUUUACUGAGCUCCUGCCUUAACAGAGGUGUCACCUUAACAUUCAGAAGCUUUGGAAAUGACAUCAACACCACUUUGGAGCUCACAGCACUGCUGCUCAUAACUCCAGCACCCAGCUGAGCAAGAGGCACCUGCAUUACAGGUUUGCUGUUGCUAACUUUCAACUCCACGAAUUAACAUCAACAUGCGUUAUCACAUAGAAGGCAAAAUGCAUCCAGCUAAGUGGGGGAAAGGUGCUUACUGAUUUUUGUUUGCCUACCAUGCCCUAAGUCUGUAAUCAUGAAAUAAAUAAAUCUUAAAAAUCACAUCUUAC